UGUGUCGAAGACGUCCCGCCCGCGCCACUCUGAAGGGAAAUAACUCGAGUCACGUACGACUACGUUUAACUUUGUGGGUUUAGAUUCCGUUGUUGUUGAUGUUUCGUCCGGUUCUUCUGGAGUUCGUUAGUUAUCCGCCAAUCGGUGAUACCAUAAAUCAAUGAUAAUAACAGUAGUUUUUGGCAUCAAAAGGAAGAUUCAGUGCCUUUGUUUUUGCUGUUUUCGUUGAUGUGGGGGUAAUAGUUAACCGUGGAUAAUUGUGAAGUACUGGAUUGUGACGGGUACGGGUUUGAGUCGUGUCGUACGUAGGGAUUUCCGUGUGAAGUGUUUUUGUUGUUCCUGUUGUCGUUGACUGAUGCAAAACGCAUGACUGCGAUGGCUGCGUUCCGAUGCAGAGGUUUGAAAAUAACACACUACAUGCUGCUGGUUGGACUUUUUAUUAAUGGGUGGUUCGAUCAAUAAUAGUUGCAUGUUGUUCUAGAAGUACAUACACACUGUUUGAAAGUGCAUCUAAACCCACACAGCUGUACUACGGACGGCACAUGGUAGUAGGCCGUGUGAUGUUUUUAUUUUUGUCGUUAUGAAUUGCCGCUAGCCAGACAGAGCUCGCUAGAAUUCAACGUCCUAUGGUGGUAAUAGUAGGCGAGCGAGUGUUUCGAUUCAACAAACCCGAGCUCAGCAUGGGAGCACUUUCUGGCCUUUAGAAUGCGAGUGGAGUGCUAGAAUACUGCAGCUGGUGCCAUAAAUUGGAAUCGAAGCUGGCGACGACGUCUGUGAUUGGUGACACGCAUCGAAACAGAACCGUAACCGAAGUAAGCCGGGCAUGUGGGAGGAUAAAUGACAAUGCCUGCUGCCAUCCGUGAGCUGCGUCUAUUGUUCAACGGACUGAGACGCGAUUCUCUACCGAAGUAAUAUAGUUUUGUUAUUGUCAGUGUCGUUGAUACGGUUUGGGGGAUUUGAAUAUUUAGUGAUCACAUUGAGCUUACAUUGAAGCGUGAUUGACAGCCGACACGAAUGAAUGAAGCUACUGGAAUUCGACUCUGAGAGAAAAAAAAUAAUUUAACACACAAUCAAUUUACAAUAAAGCUAUAACAUCAAGAGAAAAAAGUGGAAGUCAAAAGGUGAAGAUCACUCCGAAAACAUAGGGGAGAGAAGAAACAAAAUAAUCGUUCGCUCAAUUGAUUACACGAUUUCAUACAUUCAAAUGCUGCCCAGUCGGAAUAUUUGGGGAGUAACAAAGGCGAGGCGAAAUUUUCCGAAAUCUGUUUCUAUUAAUUUUGAACACAGCAGCAGCAAGGCCAAUGAAAAUAUCGCAUCAAAGGCGGGAGAUUACAACCUGUGGUCGAUCCGAUUGAGCCAAGGCUGAUGAAGAGACCUCGCUGCUACCAAUCUUCGAAGCUAAUAAUAAUUAUGGUGAUUAAAUGUGCCUUAAUAAAUGAAAGUGUUUGCACUGAGUGCUUAAGUGCUAAAGUGCGUUCAUCAGAAAGUGCAAGUGUGUUAGUCCGUUAGACCUGAGAAAAAAUCAGUGUUCCAUAUGUGAUCGGUCUUGCCCCAUCUUAAACUGGAAGAAGAAUAGACACACAUUGUUGUUACAAAAGUAAGAAAAUCAAUCAGUGAAGCCCCUCAUUCAUAGUUUGCCCCGAAUCGAAUCAGAUCAACGGUGAUUAUUGAUCCCAUUACACCAACACAACUUCAACCAUUAAGCCAUAGAAUCGAGAAAACCAGCACGAUGGACAUCGAAUCGGACGGAUCGGAGCGUUGGGAGGAUUUUUUCGGUAGCAGCACCGAUUUGGCUCCAUCUCUGCUGGGCUACUACGAUUCACUAGCGAUCAAAGUUACCGCAAGCUCUGACGGCGAAAUCAACGGAAACGAACCGUCCACGCCAGGUGAACUUAUUGAACCACUUCAAAAGCCUUCAGAGACUGCUGGGAACCCUAAACCCGAAAGCAAUGGCAACUGUGAUGAUCACGAAAUACCUAAGCUAAGCUUCAUCCAGCAGCGUAUCAAAUCCCUAACGUCUGCCCUCGUUGGAGACGAAGAUAUUCCACCGGAUCCCGAACCGGACAUAGUUCUUCGUAAUCCCGAGAAAGCCCAACAGAUGGCGGCACCAGCACCUAGUCAGCAAAAUCCAAAUGUUGGUGAUCAGAACGAUGCCUUCGUCGAGAACUGCGACGAUUCCGAACAUCGGACCACGAUCGUCGAAGCUCGCAAUCCCUAUCUUAAUCUAGUCGUUGUGGAGCCUCCCGAGUCCGGCGAAUCGAACCCUCUAGAUCCCACCGAAGAACAUCGGCGUAAGCUUUCGUACGCACGAGCUCAGCUCAUGAACUCCCAGCCACAUCGUCUUACGGGUUCUCCAAAAUUUCCACGAUCACCCCAUGGCAAUCUACUGCUGACGCCUUCGACGUCAACGUCUACCCCCAGCCUGGAUACGGUUAGCUCUAAUUCUCUCUCGUCGAGCAAGACUUCGCUGACCCAAACGCCGGGUACUCCGGUCCUAAACACUCGACCUCUCUCCGCGACCUCCAUUUGUUCCUACUCAUCUAGUAGCAGUUCCGGAUCGGACAACUUACUUCUAGCUGGAGGACGAGUCUGUGGGGCCUCCUAUCAGGCCAGCGUUGAGAGUCUUGCCGAUCCCAGCGAGUGCGAGCAAAAUGGCGGAGGAACAGGCUUGAACGGAUCGGUCACCACUGUCAGUGGAUUAACGAUGUGUGAGAGAGCCGUCAACGAAAUUAUCGACUCGGAGCGGAGCUACGUCGAAGACUUGGGUCAAAUAAUAAAAGGAUACCUUCAAGAUUGGAAGGAACGCGCUUGUUUGAAGGUGGACGAACUGGAUAUUCUCUUCAGCAACAUUCAGGAGAUUUGGGAGUUUAAUACCAAACUGCUUUCGAGGCUCAACGAAUCGGGUGGCGAUCCGGUGAAGAUAUCCGACUGCUUCGUGGAUCUGCAUGGGGAGUUCAAUUGCUACACAACUUAUUGUACUCGCUACCCAGAAGCCAUCGCCCUGCUAACUCGGCUACUGCAGGCUACCUACACGAAUUCGCUGCUCAUCAACACCCAGAAGAUGUUGAAUCACACCCUACCACUUGGGUCUUAUCUGCUGAAGCCGGUUCAGCGAAUCCUAAAGUACCAUCUACUGUUGGAUAACCUCCGGAAGCACUACGACGAUCAGCAGGUGGCCCAUGCGCAUGAUCUGAUGAAGAAUGUGGCGCACAGCAUCGAUCAGGUGAAGAAGAAGCUGGAACAGCAAAGCCGGGUCAAGGAGCUUUCGGGCAUCCUAGAUGGGUGGUUAGGUCCGGAUCUUUCGGUCUUAGGGGAGUUGAAGCAGGAAGGGCUGCUCAGUGAGCACACCAAACCCAGGGUAGUGCUCCUGUUCGAAACGAUGCUCAUCAUCACCAAACCGAAGGAGGACAAACGGUUGCAGUUUCGCGCUUAUAUUCCGUGCAAAAACCUCAUGCUGGUGGAGCAUCUGCCGGGGGAGCCGGCCAGCUUCAAUGUGAUCCCGUACAACGACCCCAAGGGCCAGAUCAAACUCACAGCUCGGACCCGGGACCAGAAGCGGCACUGGACCCAGCUCAUCAAGCACGCCAUGCUCGAACACUUCGACAUCCCGAAGCGGGCCAAAGAGCUGGUACUCAAACUGGGCGAUGAUGACGAUCGCAUAACGGAUAAAAAUGGUACCGGGAGCUGGAAAUGGCCAACGAAUCAUCCGACGACGCCGGAGUACUUGGAACGGAGGCAGCAAUUUAGGCGUAGCGAGAUGCGAAUGCGUUCGAAGAAGAUGCGUAAGAAUACAGCCAGUUCGAUUUCGUUGGAUGGGAUUUCUCAGAAAGAUAUUCGACAGCCGACGUUUCAGUCGUAUUCGAAUCUGGAGGCGGAUUCGGGGAAGGAAACGAAAGAUAGAAAUGGGUGUAAAUGUGAAACCGUUAAGAAGGAAUUGGAACAGGUUCAGCAGACCAAGAAUAGGAGUCGAUCGGAAACGAGGCUGGAAGAUGGACGGAGGAUGAGUGAGGAGAUGGCUAAAGCAGACAGGAAUCGAUUCAAAACACAAGGUCGUAGGAGUAGUGGAUCCAAGUCAGGAAAGGAGAGUCUAUCGGAGGUGAAAAGCUAUGAUUCAAUGACGAUUCCAAAAAGGAUAUCGAAUAUCAGGAAGACGAGAUCCAAAACUUUGACUGGUAACUCAACGUUUUACACGGAUUUGGGAUUGGACAACGAUCGAUCAACGGAAGACAAUACGGUAUUGAAAAUAACAGAAUCAACAGAUAAUUUGAGCUUGGUAGAAUCGAAAGUUGAAUCUGAAAUCAUCGACAAAGUGGAUGCUGCCAAAUUGAAAAAAGAUUCUGAGAUCAUCUCUCAAUUAAUUCUGGAGAAGAAUGAGUUCAAAAAGUCGAAUAAGCCUUUGAAAAAGAAAUCAUUCGAUUCAAUGCGAUCUCUUUCUUGUCAGAGUCAGGAUGAAGAUGGUUACAGCCGUAAAGAUGAACCCUUGGCUUGUCCAGUUGAAAGGAUUCCUACUCCACCGAGUACGGAACCACCUUUGGAGGAUGAGGAUGAGGCCUUCCGCAAGGUUGAAGAGCUCAACAAGAACUCCGAAGACAUGUUGAGUCAGUUGAAUGAAAUUCAAAACGAUCUUCCUACUCCAGAACCGAUUUACGAAUCGCUUCUUCGAAACGUACACGUUCCUUACAAAUAUGUCCCACCGUUGACGAGAUCUGUUUCGCAACAAUAUGGAAAGGCGGCUGAUCCAUUACGGAUGAAUUGUACUCCGAAAAAAUCUCGCCCUGAGUCAGAUUACGUAACCCUAGCGUACUCAGAAAAUGUUCUGGUCAACAUCGAUGGACAUUCGGUUACGCCUAAGUCUGCGAUCGCUCAGCUUCGAAACAGUGACACCAACAUCAACUACCAUCACCAAUUUUGGCGCAAGGAUGAUGAUCACAACAACUGUUCAGUUCACGAAACACGAUCCGAAAUCGUGAACCUCGCAAACGGCGAAGAACAACCCAAACUUCACUUAGAACGUCAUGGUAGUUUAAGCAUGAAAUCACCAAAGAACCUACUUCAAAGAUUUAUCAGCCUUCACGCUUCUCCUUCAACCGGAAGCUGUGACAGCAAUCUUCAUCAGCGGAAAACCUCCUUCGGAUCCGACGAAAAGCCUGCAGCUAUCUACAAACAGGGCAGCCUAGAUCUCGGGUCCCGUAUUGCCAAUCUGGACUACGCAGACCCCCGGACUCUGUUCCCGCAGCCAAACUCCAACUCGAAUCCCACCAAUCCAAACAUUCUCAUCAACCGUGGAGCCGUCAAAUCCACCUCGAUCGAUUCCACUGAGCAGCGAGACUCAAUCUUCUCCUCCAGUGAUAGCGUUUGUGGAACCUAUCCCGCAGAGCUGGACGACGAAUCAUACUGCUACUACGAGAAAUCCGUCGAAGAGUGUCUGGAAAACGACGAUUUCCGCGACUCGGCCGUCUACAGUGGAGACGAUAACGACCGGAGAUUAGGCGAACUGGACAGUUGUGAACAACUGGUCUACACAUCGAUUGGAGAGAUGAGCAAAUUUCUGAAACCACCCACCUCAGUAGUGCGAUCAUCUUCAUCCGCCUCCAGUAGCUGUUCGACUUCCGGCGUUUGCCAUCCUCCAAUCCCCGCUAAACCGGCUCAUCUCGAGCACCGUAAGGUCAAUGUUCUAAUCAGGAGCAGACCCGCUUCAAGUGGCACCAAUCUACCAGCUCAUGAAGCCACGAAAAAUCAGGAAGACGAACCCCGGAUCAGCCAACCGAAGGGUUGGGUCCUGCAGCAAGUGAAACGGUUCCAAUAGAGAAUCAAUUGUACAUAAUCAAAAACAUAACAUCAAAAAGUGAAGGAGUUUUUCAUGUUUUAAUGAUAAAACAUUGUUUGAUAAAUCCAAAAUUAUGAUAAAAUUUUAUUAAAAUGAUAAACGAAAGCAGUCGCAGAGCGAGUGUCAUCGUCGUUUCGUCAUAUUUUAUACCUAGAAAAAAAACAGUAACUUUUGUUCAAUGUGAUCGGCCAAUGCGAAUUCUAGUUUGCAAUUCUUUUUUUAUUUAUUACCUACACUCACAUUUUAAAUCCCUAAAGAUUUUAUUUAUCUUCUAAAACAAAACCAACAACUAAUGCAAUAAUCAAUAGGUGAUUAGCGUUUAAGAGCUUUAACUUUGUACUGUAUAUUGUAAAUCAAAUUAUUCAAACAGAACCAAUUGCCAUAUUUGUAUGUACUAUCCAUGAGUUUUAAAACCACAUCAUUUUAGGUCAAUCAACUAAAAAUCAAUCUUAAGCCACAUACGAUUUCGCAUGAUUUUUCACUAGCCUAAAAUAAACAUACCAAGAUUACAGAUGGAGCAAUGAAAUUGUCGUUUGUAUCCGGUUCGUUUCAAAAGUAUUUUAGCAUGAAUUUUAACCCUGUGUUACUCUCACUGCACGGUAUUGUAAAUCAAACAAAGUGUAUUUCAAAUAAAAAUCCAGCAUUUUAAUUUUAA